GUAUCCAGCAAGGAUGCAGGAAUAUACGCAGACUACGGGAUUGGUUGCCUUUGCUUUGGUCUAUUUGACAUUUUUUCUGGACAAUGUUCUUCUGACUGUGCUAGUGCCCAUAAUUCCGGAUUGGGUGCAAGGAGAGUCGCUGGCACUUUGGACGGAGCACGGCGCACCGCUCGCCACGCUCCUCAAUACCACCGUGCAUCAGAUCACACACCAAGAUCCUGGGAGAGGCGUAGGCACAUCGCAAGCCAUAGUGGGUGCAGUGCUGGGUGCAAAAGCGGCUACUCAGCUCCUCGUCACUCCUGCUGCUGCCACGCUCACAGCUUGCCGCGGCCCAGCCACUGGACUGCGCCUAGCCACAGCCUUGCUGGCCACUGCUGCUCUUGUAUUUGGUUGCUGUGCGGGUCGGGGUGGCGCAGUAUGUGCAGGGGUUGGGCGCGCGUCGCAAGGAGCUGGGGCGGCUCUGGGAGGCGUUGCAGGACUUGCUCUGGUAGCUCGAGCUCUUCCACCGCACCGCCGGCAUCGAGCGCUCGCUGCGCUGCUUGGGGCUGUUGCACUUGGAGUGUUGGUCGGAUACCCAUUUGGUGGUGCAGCAUAUAAGCUUUGGAGUCCAGCCGCACCGUUUCAACUUAUAGCGACAGCGCUUUUGAUCAACCUCGGAAUGCAGUACAUCUUCCUGAAUAAAGAAGAAUACAAUACGGGUUCAAAUGAAGCGAGCAGUGCUGGUGCUGGAGCAAGGGUUAUGUGGGGAGAAGCGCGUCGAGGUGCGACGGGGGCUUGCGCUGGGGCUGUGCUGCUGACUACGUGUGUUAUGGCGGCGCUUGAACCAUGCUUACCACUCUGGAUCAUGCACAAAUUCCAUCCCGAGCGAUGGGCCCUAGGCGCAGUGUUCCUGCCGGACAGUGCGGGUUACCUGGUGGCUGCGAGCGGGCUGGGUUCCCCUGCACAGCGACUGGGACCCGAGCGUGUCGCCAUAGCCGCCGUGCUGUGUGUUGGUUGUGCGGCGUUAGCUGUACCACAUGCUCCUUCGGUGGGCUGGCUGGCGUUUCCACAAGCAGUACUAGGCGGAGGUUUAGGCGCGGCGGAUGCAGCGCUGGUGCCCGCCUUGCUGGCGAAGAGGUCGCGCGCCCUUCCGCACCGCGCUGCUUUGCUCCAAGCCGCUUCCAGUGCCGCGUAUGCGAUCGGUCCAGUGAUGGGAGGUGUGGUGUCGUGGUGUGCGGGAUUCGAGACCGCGCUGAGAUUCCUAGGCGUCGCCAACAUACUGUAUGCCGCGUACCUCUACAGCGUACUUUCUGAAUAUCCGCUUUCCGAAAAGUGGGGAGCAAGUGCAACGCCUGAAGACGAAAGUGACGUAGAAUCCGAUGAGCUAACACCAUUGGGGAUCACUGCACAUACGCUGACCAAAUAAAGCCCUAUGUACACCAAACUCUGUACUCGAUCCAAUAAUACAAACUGAAUUAGGCUUUUAGAACUGAACAGCAGACAACUUUGAUGGGAACUUGCUUAGUGCUAAGUUAUAUGUUGCUCAAUGAAAAGGUAGUCUACAUUAUUUGCUCUCAAUGAUUAUGUAAGCUCAUGUUACAGAGGUUUGAAUAUUACAAUCAUAAUAUAUUGUUUAAGUAUGCACAUUGACAUACCUACUUAGUUACACUUAAGUACCAAUUUACUACACAUGAUACAAAAUCAUUUUUCUGUAAGUACGAGUAUA